AUGUUUGCUUUGAAGUCUGCAGUCAAUAAGGCCGUUCUCCCUGCAACUCGUGUUGGUGCUCGCCGUUGUGUUUCGUCGGCUGCUACUCGCAGUGCUUUGGCCUCCACUCGUAUGGCCCUUUCUCACGGCAACAAGUUGACUGCCAACCUUCUUCGUGAAGCAUACCAUGGUGCCCCAUCCCGCAUGGUGUUCCUUACUCGUCGUGGUAUGGCCUCUGAAGCUGGUGGCAAGUUCUCUCGUGGCAAGCCCCACGUCAACAUUGGUACCAUUGGUCACGUUGAUCACGGCAAGACCACUUUGACUGCUGCUAUCACCAAGACUUUGGCUGCUCAAAACGGAGACACUACCUUUAUGGAUUACAACCAAAUCGAUAAGGCUCCUGAGGAGAAGGCUCGUGGUAUCACCAUUUCCACUGCUCACGUUGAAUACGAGACUGGCAACCGCCACUAUGCCCACGUUGACUGUCCUGGUCACGCUGAUUAUAUCAAGAACAUGAUUACUGGUGCUGCCCAGAUGGAUGGUGCUAUCAUUGUCGUCUCUGCCACUGAUGGUCAAAUGCCUCAAACUCGUGAGCACUUGUUGUUGGCUCGCCAAGUCGGUGUCCAAAACUUGGUUGUCUUUAUCAACAAGGUCGAUGCUAUCGAUGAUCCCGAAAUGCUUGAACUUGUCGAGAUGGAAAUGCGUGAUCUCUUGGGUGAAUACGGUUUCGAUGGUGAAAACACCCCCAUUGUCAAGGGUUCCGCUUUGGCUGCCUUGGAAGGCCGUGAUCCCGAGAUUGGUGAAAAGGCCAUUAUGGAAUUGAUGGCUGCUGUGGAUGAUCACAUUCCUACCCCCGAGAGAGAUUUGGACAAGCCUUUCUUGAUGCCUGUUGAAGAUGUCUUCUCCAUCUCGGGUCGUGGUACUGUUGCCACUGGCCGUGUGGAACGUGGUACCAUUACCAAGGGCUCUGAAAUCGAAAUUGUUGGUAUGGGCGCUCCUUUCAAGACCACCUUGACUGGUAUUGAAAUGUUCCGUAAGGAAUUGGAUCGUGGUGAGGCUGGUGAUAACAUGGGUGCCUUGUUGCGUGGUAUCAAGCGUGAACAAAUCCGUCGUGGUCAAGUCCUUUGUGCUCCUGGCACCGUCAAGUCCCACAAAAAGUUCAUGGCUCAAUUCUACAUUUUGACCAAGGAAGAAGGUGGUCGUCACACUCCCUUCGUCAACAACUACCGCCCCCAAAUGUUCGUUCGCACCACCGAUGUCACUGUCAGCUUGACCCACCCCGAAGGUACCGAGGACCCUGAUGACAAGCUCAUCAUGCCUGGUGACAAUGUCGAGCUUCAAUGCGAGCUUAUCCACGACGUUGCUCUUGAGGAAGGUCAACGUUUCACUGUUCGUGAAGGUGGCAAGACCGUUGGUACUGGUGUUGUUACCAAGAUCAUCGAGUAA